CUGGACACCGAAUAUCGGAAGAAGUGGGACUCGCUGGUCAUCCAACUGGACGUCAUCGAACGAGACCUGGUCACCGGCUCCGAAGUGAUUCACUGGGUCACCCAUUUCCCGUACCCCAUGUACUCGCGGGAUUACGUCUACGUGCGGCGCUACAGCGUCGACAAAGAGAACAACCUCAUGGUGCUGGUCUCGCGGGCAGUGGAGCAUCCGAGCGUCCCCGAAGACCCCGAGUACGUCCGAGUGCGAACCUACGAAUCUCAGAUGGUCAUCCGGCCCCACAAAACCUUUGACGAGAACGGUUUCGACUAUUUGCUGACCUACAGCGACAACCCGCAGACCGUGUUCCCCCGCUACUGCGUCAGCUGGAUGGUCUCGAGCG